AUGCUUUAUUUUAGACAGCUGAAAGGUUCGCACGCGCCAUUGAUCACGUGCACGCGUUUCACCUCAGAAGCAUCGAACAAUGUUUUGUUUUGUUUCCGCCAAUUGCCAACCCACAUUUUUGCGAUAUACGAACGCUUCGAUUCAGCAUUUCUUGCUUCACUGAAAAAUUUGAUGGUUCAGCCAAUGGGUAUCAUAAAGCUUCGUUCAGACCUCGAAAGGGUGCCAUUGAAGUUGGAGGUGGAGGAACCACUGCAAAAAGAGCAUGCUCCUCUGAAUAAGCGUUUCAAAACUUCAUCCGCUUCACACGAGCAAUGCAAUGCUUCAAAUAGUACAUCUUCCAGUUCUCCUUCCCAGAACAAUAUACUUGACGAGCCUAGCCCUCUGGGUUUACGUCUGAGGAAGAGCCCUUCGCUAUUAGAUUUGAUACAAAUGAAGCUUUCUCAAGACAAUAUGUUUAUUGCAAAUAUACAAAAGGAAAAUUUAAGCUCUGGUUUGAAAAAGGAGAGUCAGGCCGCAGCUGCAUCAGGCUCUGUUGAAAAGCUUAAGGCUUCAAAUUUCCCAGCUUCACUUUUAAGAAUUGGUUCGUGGGAGUAUAAAUCAAAACAUGAGGGUGACUUAGUGGCAAAAUGUUACUUCGCUAAACAAAAGCUUGUUUGGGAAGUUCUUGAAGGUGAACUAAAGAGCAAACUGGAAAUCCAGUGGUCCGAUAUCAUGGGACUUAAGGCAAAUUGUCCUGAUACUGGACCUAGCUCGUUGACUGUGGUGCUCACAAGACAACCUCUUUUCUUCAGGGAGACUAAUCCUCAGCCCAGAAAGCAUACACUAUGGCAAACAACAUCAGAUUUUACUAAUGGAGAGGCAAGCAAACACAGGCAACAUUUCUUGGAAGUUCCACAAGGGUUGUUAGCCAAACAUUUUGAAAAGCUUAUCCAAUGUGACGUGCAUCUUAAUUUCAUAAGCCAGCAACCUGAGAUAGUCUUGGAUUCACCACAUUUUGAUGAUACUCGACCUGUUGCUUUUGAGAACCUUGACAAUCCAGAAGAUGCUGAUUUGCAUCAAGUCAAUAGAAAAGAAUCUACUACAUCUUGUUUGCGAGACAUAGGAUCACCUCAUUCAUCCCUGUCAUCAUCAUUUAAGAAUGAGCAUAAUGGUAGUCUUCGCGUUAGCUUGGAUAAUCUACGCUGUGAAGCUCCUUCCACCAGUUCAGAGAGUACAAAUUCUGAAACUGAUUUCAAGGGCUCCAGAAAUUGCGAUCAGAUUAAUUUGCCUGGCCUACGCCCUUCUAUGUCAAUGAGUGAUUUUAUUGAUCACAUUGAACAUUGCCUUUCGGAACAAAUAACUUCUGGGAAUCCAUCCUUUUGUGGUGGAAGACCAGGUUUCCAGGAAAUGCUAGAGGAAAUUGCACAGCAUCUUCUUAGUGACAAUCAGGUUAUAACGGCUUCUGAUGAAAAAUCACUGAUGACAAGGGUCAAUUCUCUUUGCUGUCUUCUACAGAAGGACCCUGCAGCGUUGCAGAGUUCGCAUGGGAAGGAAAGUGUUGCUAAUGGACCUGAUGAUGGAAAAAAUAUUCUACUUAGCCAUGAUCUUGAAUCAAUCCAGAACAACAAAAUUAAAAUGGAUGUCAAGCCUGCUGAAGAGGACUCCAGAGAUGUUUCUGGGAGCCGGCAAACACCAGGCAUGUCCAGGAAAGACUCUUUUGUAGAGUUUCUUCUUCACCUUCCUCGAAUUGCAUCACUGUCAAACUUCUUGUUUAACAUAUCAGAAGAGGAUACUGACAGCUAA